GUCUAUGACAAUCAAUGAGCAUUCUGCCCUCUUGUGGUUACUUCCCACCUAAACUUUGGACUUUUUAAGAGUCACAAGAUGAUUACAGGACAGAAACAGACAUAUUAAAGAUGCAGGCCGAAUAAGAAUGCUCUGUUAAAGGUGGCUGGUUAUUUCCUGGAGGAGGAGGAGAAGAGGAAGGUUAGAGCGUUGGUGUGGAAGCAGGUCACUACUGAAGGAAACAGCUGAAAUAAUUCACUUUAAUAUAAGCUAAAACUCAACAUCAACAGUUCAGGCGAAACGUGUACAUUUCUAAUGAAUAUCUUUAUGGAUGUUAAAAUAUUGAGUGUUAUAGCUGUUCAGGGGUUGUUUGUCGUUGCUUCACUUCAUGACGUGUCGCCUCCUCUGCCUAUAAGUGCUCAGCUGCUCUCACAUUUCUGAGUCGAACCUCAGCGGCUGCACUUCCUUUCUGAUGCUCUGUUUCUGUGCAGCCAUGAAGGGUCACAUGGGUGGAUGGACUCUUCUCUGCUUAGCUGCUUUAAUUCCCGGUUUCCACCUUCAGAAAACCGUCGGCUCCUUCCAGUCCGACGCUCAGCUCUACAAUCCUGUCCUGCAACCCACUGAGGCCAUUCCCACACCUGGAACUUACACGGUGGAAGACCUUGUUGGGAAAACAUGCAUCAAAGCCACCAUGGGAGCAGAGUACAUUAUCAUMGAAAAGAACAAAARCUGGUAUUUCAACCUGGAGCCGUCACUGGUUAAGAUCCUCGGUUACUGUGGAGAAGAAGAAGCUCGCCUUUCUCUAACGCUGCCAGAUAACUCUGCCAGUCUGCAGUUCACCUUCAGAUCAGAAAAACAUAACUUUUAUGUCACUGAGUUGACUGCUCACUUGUCUCUUCAACCAGCCUGCAAUGGAUGCCCCAACAGAACUUAUUCUGGGUCAAUGACCCAUGUGGAGCUUUUCAAAACAGGCAACUAUGAGAGUUUCAAAUGUCGAUCAGAAUAUCUCCUUUCGGUUUCUUCGGCGCUGAGGAUCAAGUUGGUUCCUCUGCAGAUACAAGCCUUCAGCAUCCCCAGUGGACGGUAUGGUAAAGAGAAUGAAUGUUGGACUGAUUUUAAGAAACGAAUCUUUCCCAUCAUCACUGGCUCUGUUGUGGUCGGCCUCAUCCUGUGUAUUGUUUUGAGCUUCCUCUUCAUCAGAGAUCACCAGCAAGGUUAUGAAAGGCUGUAAUCUUGCUGUAAAAUUGGAGAUUUUCUAAUAUAGUUUCCCAUCUUCAUAAAUACCUGUAUUUAACUCAUAACUGUGUAAUGUCUAAUGUUGUAAAUGUAAAUUUUUAAGAUGUUAUGUAUUGUUUUUACUGUUGCAAAAAACCCGGUGAGCCAUGAGAUUGAGGCAAAAAAAGGAAAAAUAAAAUAUUUUU